AUGAAUCAUAUUCACGAGUCAAUAGAUUUGAUAACUCAUAUAUUUACUUGCAGAAUCCGUCCUCAGACGCCGGCGGAAGUGGUCGAAGGAUGUGGCGUGUGCGCGCGGGCGGGCGGCGCGGCAGGCGAGGGCGGCGUCGCCCUGGGCUCGGAGCGCGCGUUCACCUUCGACUACGCCUUCGAGCCCACGGCCGACCAACGGCAGGUGUACGACACGUGCGUCAGGAAACUUGUGGAGGCGGCCCUCGACGGGUACAAUGCUACUGUCCUUGCUUAUGGCCAGACAGGUUCCGGCAAGACGUACACGAUGGGAAGCGGGUGGGAAGGCGAAGUAGUGGACGAAGAUAAAAGAGGUAUCAUACCUCGAGCGAUUCGAGAUCUCUUCGCUGGUGCUGACGAGAGAGCAGAAGCGGCUCGGUCUCAAGGACAGCUCCCGCCGGAAUUCUCAGUACAAGCGCAGUUCAUCGAGCUGUACAAUGAAGACAUAGUCGACUUGCUCGACCCAGCCAAGGAUCCCUUCGCUAAAGGUGCGCUUAGGAUAACAGAGGAUGGUUGCGGUGGCGUUAAAAUUGUUGGUGCGUCAAUGCGAGCAGUGAGAGGCGUCAAAGAAGCCCUCGGAGCACUAAGAGCAGGCGCUCUCGCGCGUACCACGGCUGCUACUAACAUGAACUCAUCCUCAUCUCGAUCACACGCAGUAUUCACACUACUCCUUAGACAGAGGCGGCUUGCUGCCGACCAAGAUGGAGUAGAUAAGGAGACGGAUGGCGAAACUCCUGAACAGUACGAAACAUUGACUGCCAAAUUUCACUUCGUCGAUUUAGCUGGUUCUGAACGUCUGAAGCGGACGGGGGCGACUGGCGAACGAGCUCGGGAAGGAAUAUCGAUAAAUUGUGGUUUACUCGCGCUUGGUAACGUGAUAUCAGCUUUGGGUGACAAGUCGCGUAGGGUUUCACACGUGCCUUACAGAGAUUCGAAAUUGACGAGGCUAUUACAGGAUUCUCUAGGAGGUAACAGUAAUACAGUGAUGAUAGCAUGCGUGUCGCCAAGCGAUAGAGAUUUUAUGGAAACUUUAAAUACGUUGAAGUACGCUAACCGUGCACGCAAUAUCAAGAACCGUUGUGUCGUGAACCAAGAUUUAACUUCGCGGACGAUUAGCCAACUACGCCAGGAGGUGGCUCGAUUGCAGCUCGAACUGGCUGAAUACAAACAGGGUAAAAGAGUUGUAUCUGAGAAUGGUGAAGAAGGUUGGAGCGAUGUCGUCCAAGAAAACGCGAUAUUGAACGCCGAAGUGGAAUCCCUCAGACGUCGGGUAAAGGCCAUGCAAGGCACCAUAGAACAGCUAUCAGCCAGGAACAGUGAACUCGUGGCAGAAAAGGCGUUGGGCACGUGGGCGCCUAAAGAUGGUAGUCCAGAGACAAACGAUUGUUCUUUAACGGCUUUGGUACAGGGUUAUGUUAGUGAAAUUGAAGACUUACGAGCACAAUUAAUGGAAGCAAACGCCUUAUAUGAAGCAAGCAGAAAAAGGGAAGCGAGGACCAGACACGACUCUUCACUUCUCGACGCGUCCACCAUAUUGGAUGACGCUAAACGAGAACUAUAUAAGGAGAAGGAGUUGCUAGCGAGGAGUAUGGGCGAGCUAGAGUUCCAGCGGAAGCUAACAGAUAGUUCCGGAGCUCAGCCUAUAGGUGAACGCGAACGCGCAGAGGGGGAGAGCGCUGGUGAUUCCGAACCUUCGGACAAUGAGCAGGACGCCAGCGACUCAGAUGACGACGAGGCUAGCGGUAACAAAGGCCAGCGCAUGCUGUCGGAGCAGCUGGCGGCGCUGAGCGAGGACAUCGACACGAAGGCGCGCCUGGUGGAGCAACUGGAGGCGUCGCAGCGCCGUCUGGCGGCCCUGCGCGCGCACUACGAGCUGCGCCUCGACCAGCUGCACGCGCAGAUCCGCGCCACGGGCGAGGAGCGCGACAAGGUGCUGGCCUCGCUCGCGUCGCAAUCAUCGCCACCGACGGACAAAUUAAAGCGCGUGAAGGAAGAGUACGAGCGGCGCGUGAGCGGCAUGUCGCGCGAGCUCCGGCGCCUGCAGGCGGCCCAGCGCGAGCACGCGCGCCUGCAGCGCUCGCAGCAACACACCGCGCAGCAGAUACACUCGCUGCGAUCCGAGCUGCAGAACCUCAAGCGGGACAAGGUGAAAUUAGUACAACGCAUGCGUGCGGAGUCCAAACGUCACGCACAAGCAGAAGCCGCGCGGGCGAAAGAGGUUGCUCAGCUACGAAAAGAAUCUCGUAAGAACGCAAAUUUGAUUAGGAGCCUCGAAGCGGAAACAAAACUCAAAGAACAGGUAUUGAAACGAAAACAGGAAGAGGUAUCGCUGUUAAGGCGCGGUCACCGGGAUAAACUCAGCAGUCGGGCGGCUGGGCGAUUGCACGGGAGGGCGCGCGGGCGCGCGGCGGGGCGCGAGCUGUGGGCGCGGCUGCAGUGCUGGCUGUCGCGCGCGUGCGCCGCGCGCUGCACGCUGGGCGAGCUGGAGGCGGCGCUGGAGCACCAGCUGCGCCAGCGGGACCGCGCCGCCGCCGCCCCGGGCGCGGACGCGCGCGCGCUGCUCGCCUACCUGCGGGACGCCAUCGCCGACACGCAGUCGCAGAUCAUGCAGAUCGAGGAGGAAAACGAAGAAAAUGAACUGCCGCGUGUGCUAGAGACUGUAGACAGCGAGGCGGCGCGCUACGCUCUGGAGCAACUCGCGCAGGAAGCGCUGCGACACGCGCACGACGCGGCGCGCUCCCGCCGCACCCUCGCAGACACGCGCGCGCAGCUGCUCGAGGUAAGAUUGCUCUUUUGUCGCUGUACUAUUCUGGAGGAGAAAUCAGAGCGCGACGCGAGCGCGCUGCUUGCAGCGGAGCAGCAGAGUGCGCAGGCGUGGCCCGCGCCGGCGCUGGCCGCGCUGCUGGCGCACGUGUCCUCCGGGACCUCCACGCGCUCCGUGUCGCCCGUCGACAGCUCACUCAUAGACGUGCGGCCGCAUAUAACACAUCAAGAAUCGACCACGGCGCCUACGUCACCUCCCGACGACAACAGCAACUCGCCCUUCCACAGAAACACUGGUCGGCGCGGUUCCGUGCGCUUACGGGACCUGGGCGUGUACGGUCGUGAGGACAUGGAGGAUGACCCCAUGACUCAAUCCAUGGUGGAGCCCACCACUCCGCGACCAGCGCCCCUCAGUCGCGUUCCCAGUGCUCCUGGAAGCUUACGAGAGGUGAGUGGUGAAGGGACUCCGCCUGCGUCCCCAGGGGCUGCUCGAAGAACCCGAGAUGACGACGUGUUCCUAAGGCUCACGGGUGCCGCGCCUGACCAAGCGCCACAGGGUACUGUCAAAGAAGUCACCCUUAAGCGCACGAGUGUUAGCGGUGUGGGCAACGGUGCGAGCUCGUGGUUGCAGUGCACGCACGUGGCGGAGGGCCACGUGGGCGCCGCGCUCGCGCUCGCCGCCACCUCGCACGCGCUCUACAGCGGCGGCGUGGACCGCACGGUCCGUGGCUGGGACUUGCAAGGUGGGCGGGAGGCGUGGCGCGCGUGGUGCGGCGGCGCCGUUGUAGCACUCGCCGCCUCCGCCAGUGAAUACGACCCUCGCGUGGUUCUAGCCGCAGCAGGGGCCGCCGUCAAGCUCUUCGACACCAGGACCAGUGGACCCAAUGCUGUGCUGUGGUCGUCGGGUGCAUCCGGUGCCAACGCGGCAGUACGCGGGGGGGAGGCGGCGGUGACGGCCAUCGCGCUCGCCACCUCCACGCGACUGUACACUGCCGCCGCGGACAAGCUGCGGAUGUGGGACCUGCGCAUGUUGGAGUGCGUGUACAAGACGUGGUCGGGACAUACGGCGGCAGUGAUGUGCCUGGCGCGUGCAGCACUCGGCACCGGUGACCGGGUGGCCACGGGUUCGCGUGACCACUGCGUGCGCGUACUGCACGUGGGCCCCACUGGCGGGUCUGCGGGCGGCACGGCCGGUGGGGGCUGGGAGGCUAGCGAGCGCAGGCCUCUGGAGCCGCCGCACUACGAUGGCGUGCAAGCUCUGGUGUUGCGGGGCUCGUUGCUGUACAGCGCCUCGCGCGACUCAAGCGUCAAGUGCUGGUCGCUAACAGACAACACGCUCUCGCAUAGCGUGAUGAACGCGCACAAGGGCUGGGUGACGGGCCUGUGCGUGGCGGGCGGUGGGCUGGCGAGCUGCGGGCGCGACCAGGCGCUGCGCCUGUGGAGCCCCGCCCUGCGCCCCGCCGCGCCCCCCGCCGCCCUGCCCGACGCGCCCGCCGCGCUGGCCGCCUGCCCCGCCGGCCACGCGCUCUACACCCGGCGGCGAAGUGCGCGCGUGGAGGCUGGUCAGCGAGCCCUGAGCGACACAGGCCCGCGGCGAGCUCGCGGCCUCGCGUGCGCGCCGCGCCUGGCGGUGACGUCACACUGCCACUACCACUACCGCUACCACUACCACUACCGCUACCACUACCACUACCGCUACCGCUACCGCUACCACUACCACUACCACUCUGCCGUGCUUAGGUGGCAGUGA